AUGCUGAUUUUAAUAUUAACGAUUCUGGCUGGUGGGACUCAGGCGGGAUAUCUAUAUCAAAAACCAACUAUACCAUUUGAACUGCCAGCAAGAGAGAGGGUAAAUGUACUGAAUCAAAAAACUGCCAAUGAGAUUACAUUUCAAUCACACGGAAGUGCGGUGUCUUAUUCUGUGCCUUUUGAAGACUAUCAUUACCUAAAACAUCACAAAGCGGAAUAUCACAACUCCCCAUACAACGAUCCCCACGCUACCCACGAUUCUACGGUAUUACAGAAAAUAGUUCAACAAUCAAAAAAUGCUUACGCAAAACCUAAUGAAGUGAUACGUCAACCAGUAUUAAUUCCCAACCAAAAUGUUAACAAUGAAGACAAUAUCGCCAUAGUGCAGAAUGUAAUUCAACAAUCAGAAAAUGUUUUCGCAAAACCCAAUGUAGUUCUACGUGAACCAGAAUUAAUUUCUAAUCAAAAUGUUCACAAUAAAGGCAAUGUCGCUAUAGUACAGAAUGUAAUUCAACAAUCAGAAAAUUCUCUCGUAAAACCUGAUGUAGUGCCAAGUGAACCAAUUUUAAGUUCCAACCAAAAUAUCAACAAUGAAGACAAUGUCGUAAUAGUACACAAUCUAAUUCGAGAAUUAGAAAAUGCUUUCGCAAAACCUGAUAUAGUGCCAAGGGAACCAGUUUCAAUUCCCAAUCAAAACGUUAACACUGAAGACAAUGUCGCAAUAGUACAAAAUGUAAUUCAAGAAUUAGAAAGUGGUUUCGCUAAACCUGAUGAAGUGCCAAGUGACCCAACAUUAAUAAGUAACCAAAAUAUUAACCAUGACGGUAAUGUCGCUAUAGUACAAAAUGUAAUUCAACAAAGUGAAUCAAGUUUCGCUACAAAUGCUCCUAUUAACAAUCAGUUACUUAAUUUUCCCGACAACCGUGCAAUAAUACAGAACACAGUUCAGUCAGAAGCCACUUAUUUUCAGCCAGAUGUACGGGAUAAUGUUGAACCAAUCGUUACUAAGGAUAUUUAUUUUCACGUUCCACCACCCGAUAUUGAAGAAAUACCCGUGUACCGACCUCCUGUACCUCCGAAAAAGAUCUAUAAGAUAAUAUUCAUUAAAGUACCUAAUCAAGAAUCUGCGAAUACAAUACAACUACGGCAAGCAUUUUACAAUCGAAUAGCUCCCGUCGAAGACAAAACCUUAAUAUAUGUCCUAGUUAAAAGGCCUGAACCUGUACAAGUUUUACCUUUACCACCAAAACCAGUACCCUCUGAACAUGAAGUGUUCUUUGUGAAUUAUAGAGCCCAGAAGAUAAGUGCUCCUUUACCUGAACACGGUAAUUUAUUACAAGAAAAUACUGAUUUGAACGUGGGACCAAUUUUACAACCAGGAUUAGUAAAUGGCAAGCGUUAA